UUUCGCCAUAUUGGGUAAACCACGUUAGUUGCCGGUAACUAUCGACAUACUUGAUUAUUUUAUUAAUGUAGAAAGUCAUAUUGAAAGAGUUCAGGCUCAGAGUGUAUGUGCAUACCAUUUUAUGUUCUGGAUGUGCUAGAAUUUUUAACUGCAAUAUAAGAAUGCCACCAAAGAAGAAGGAUGAGGCCACUGGUCCACCCCCCCUCAUAGGGAGAAUGGGGGUAAACUUGAAGAUUGGCAUUGUCGGCCUGCCUAAUGUGGGGAAGUCCACUUUUUUCAAUGUGCUUACUAAAAGUGCUGCCACUGCAGAAAAUUUCCCUUUCUGCACAAUUGAUCCAAAUGAAAGUCGUGUUCCUGUGCCGGAUGCAAGGUUUGAACAUCUCUGUGAGCACUACAAACCAGCCAGUAAAGUUCCUGCCUACCUGAAUGUGGUGGACAUUGCUGGUCUGGUGAAAGGGGCACACGAGGGGAAAGGCCUGGGAAAUGCCUUCCUGUCAAACAUCAGUGCCUGUGAUGGGAUCUUCCAUGUUGUCAGAGCUUUUGAUGAUGACGAAAUCAUUCACGUAGAAGGGGAUGUAGACCCCACACGUGAUUUAGACAUCAUUCAUGAGGAGUUGAUGUUCAAGGACAUGGAGUACAUAAAUAAAAAUCUGGGUAACCUGGAGAGGGUGGUGGCUAGAGGCGGUGACAAAACAAAGAAACCGGAAUAUGACUGUUUCUGUAAAGUCAGAGAUUUAUUAGAAAAUAAGAAGUGGGUCAGGAUGGCAACUUGGGAUGCCAAGGAGAUUGAAAUACUAAAUCAUCAUUUAUUUUUAACUUCAAAACCUGUGAUAUACCUGGUGAACCUUUCAGAAAAAGAUUACAUUAGAAAGAAAAAUAAAUGGUUGGUCAAAAUCAAAGAAUGGAUUGACAAGAACGACCCUGGGGCAAUGGUGAUUCUGUUGAGUUGUGCAGUGGAACUGAAGCUCCUGGAUUUGGCUGAUGAAGAAGAACAGAAGAAGUAUUUAGAGGAAAACAAAACAACCAGUGCUUUAGAGAAGAUCAUCGUGAAUGGCUACAAAGCCCUUAAUCUACAAUACUUCUUUACAUCUGGAAAAGAUGAAGUAAAGGCUUGGACCAUUCAGAAGGGAACGAAGGCCCCACAAGCUGCCGGCAGAAUCCACACUGACUUUGAGAAGGGAUUCAUCAUGGCCGAAGUCAUGAACUACAAUGACUUCAAGGAAUUCGGAUCUGAGGCAGAAUGCAAGGCAAAUGGCAAAUACAGACAGAAGGGAAGAGAGUAUGUGGUAGAAGACGGGGACAUCAUUCUGUUCAAGUUCAAUGCUGGGGCAGGUCUAACGGACAAGAAGAAAAAGUGAAUAAAGGGGGAUAAUGUGGAUUUUGAUUAGUGCAAUUUGCCAAGGAAGAAAUGGAAUGUGUUUGUUUUGUGUGGCAUGAUGCAGAUAAGACAGGAGCAACAAUUGUAUUCAUCAUUUUUAUUAAGGACAAUUUUGGGCAGAUGGGGGGGUUGAGGCAAAGGCAAAGUGACAUCAUGGAUAUUUUUUGUUUAUGUUUUAUAAACAUGUACAUUAAAUGAAAUAAAUUAAAAGAAGAAAAUACC